AUGGACAAGUUCACAAAGCCGAUUAUAGUUGUGUGGAUUGAUCCUGAAACAGAGAAAAAGAGACUCAUGAGAAGAGACAAAUCAAAUGAGGAGAAUGCUAGGAACAGGAUCAAUGAUCAAAUGACACUUGAUUUGAAGAUGAAUAAAGCAGAUAUGGUGACAGAUAACACUGGAUCACUUGAUCACUUGAAUGAACAGUUUCAGAAGGUUCUAAUUGAAGUGUCAAAACCCUUGACAUGGACUCAGUUUUCACUUUCGAAGAAUGGAGCCUCGGUCAUACUUGCUUCACUGACUUCGGGUGUUGUUUUGUGUAUAAAAGCACUUUUAUAA